AUGAUGAAGGAGAAAAACAAUUUUGGUGAUAAUGAAUGGGAAUGUAAGGAGUUUGGGUCUGUGGGACUUGUGGACCGGCAGGCAACCUUAGAAGGAGCAGAUGUGAAUGAGUGUCUGGAUACCACCACGUGCCCAGCCUACGCAACCUGCACCAACACUUUGGAUAGUUACUACUGCACUUGCAAACGAGGCUUUCUGUCCAGCAACGGACUGACACAGUUCAGGGGCCCAGGAGUGACAUGCAAAGAUAUAGAUGAAUGUUCUCAAAGCUCCUCAAGAUGUGGUCCCCACUCAGUCUGCAGAAACCUUCUGGGGAGGUACAAGUGCAGCUGUAUCCCUGGUUUCUCUUCUCCCACUGGAAAUGACUGGAUCCCAGGAAAUCCAGAUAAUUUCUCCUGCAGAGACAUCAACGAGUGCCUCUCCAGUGGCCUCUGCCCAGAGCAUGCAGAGUGUGUCAACUCCUUGGGAAGCUAUGAAUGCAGCUGCCAGAGUGGAUUCCUAUCUCACAACUCCGCCUGUGAAGAUGUGGAUGAAUGUGCUGAUCCCGGAAUUUGCCCAGAGCAUGCGACUUGCCACAACAGUCCUGGAAGCUACUCUUGUGUCUGCAACCUAGGGUUUGAAUCUAGCAGUGGCAACGGGAACAUCCAGGGCCCAGGAGAGACAUGUGAAGAUGUGGACGAAUGUGCCAGGAACUCAACUCUUUGCGGCCUGGAUUCCAUCUGUAUCAACACCCUGGGAAAAUACAAUUGCUCCUGCCUGCCUGGGUUCUUUUCACCUGCUGUUUGGACCCCUGAGAAUUCGGAGGAUUUCAGAUGUGUAGAUGUUGAUGAGUGCCUCCAUAUGUGCCCUUCCAACGCAACGUGCACCAACACCCCUGGGAGCUACUUUUGCACCUGCUCUCCUGGCUUUGCACCAAGUAAUGGACAGCCGAGCUUCACAGAACAAGGAGUCCAUUGUAGAGAUAUUGAUGAAUGCUCCCAAGAUCCAUCACCAUGUGGCCCCAAUUCUGUCUGCACCAAUGCCUUGGGCUCCUACAGCUGUAGCUGCAUUGGAGGCUUUCAACGCAAUCCUGAAGGCUCCUUGAACUUCAGCUGCAAAAGGACUCCCUUCAAGUGUAAAGAAGAUGUGAUACCCAACAAUGAACAAGUCCAGCUCUGCCAAGUGGGAGCAGCAGUGGAGCCUGAAUAUGGUUCCUUCUGCACAUUAAUGAAUGCCACCUUCAGUGUUCUGGACGAUGCCUGCGGAAACAGGACAGCUGAGGUCUCUCUGAAGAAUACAGCUGAGAGCCUUGCCUCUGUGCUCAAGCAAACGUCCACAUGGUCCAACUUCACCAAAGAAGAGACCUCCGCUCUGGCCACUGUGGUCCUGGAGAGUGUGAAAAGCAGCACGCUGGCAGCUUUCCUGAACCCCUCGGCCAAUGUCAGUCAGACUGUUCGGACUGAACACUUAGAAAUUGAAAGCAAAAUUAUCAAGGAAGGAUGCACUGAAGAGAACAUGACCUUUCACUUGAAAGCCAAAGGGGACAAGAUGGAGAUUGCGUGUUCCACCAUCGAAGAGUCUGACUCCGCAGGCCCCACUGGGGUGGCUUUUGUCUCCUUUUUGGGCAUGGAGUCUUUUUUAGACGAGAGCUUCUUCCAAGACCCUCAGACCCCUUUGGCCAACUUCCAGAACAAGUUGAAGGUGAAGAUGAAUUCUCGCAUUGUACAGGGUAUCAUGACUGGGGAGAAGAAAGACGGCUUCUCCGACCCAGUCAUUUACAUGCUGGAGAACAUUGAGCCGAAGCAGGAAUUUGAGAGACCUAUCUGUGUUUCCUGGGACACCAACUUGGAGGGUUGUAGGUGGAUGUCCUCUGGCUGUGUGGUCCUUGAAGCUUCCAAGACACAUACUGUCUGCAGCUGUAAUCAAAUGAUGAACCUGGCCAUCAUCAUGGCUUCUGGGGAGCUCACGAUGGAGUUCUCCUUGUACCUCAUUAGCCACGUGGGGAUAAUCAUCUCCCUGGUGUGUCUCGUCUUGGCCAUCGCCACCUUCCUACUGUGCCGUGCCAUUCGCAACCACAACACCUACCUCCACCUGCACCUCUGCAUCUGCCUCUUCUUGGCCAAGACUCUCUUCAUCAUCGGUGUAGACAAGACAGGCAACCAGAUGGGCUGUGCCAUCAUUGCAGGCUUCCUGCACUACCUUUUCCUGGCCUGCUUCUUCUGGAUGCUGGUGGAGGCUGUGAUGCUCUUCCUUAUGGUCAGGAACCUGAAAGUGGUGAAUUACUUCAGCUCUCGCAACAUCAAGAUGUGGUACCUCUGUGCCUUUGGCUAUGGGCUCCCAGUGGUGGUGGUGGCUGUCUCUGCCAGUGUGCAACCACAAGGUUAUGGGAUGCAUAAUCGCUGCUGGCUGAAUAUAGACAGAGGGUUCAUCUGGAGUUUCCUGGGGCCAGUCUGUGCCAUCAUCAUGAUCAAUUCCAUCCUCCUGACUUGGACGCUGUGUGUCCUGAGGCAGAAGCUUUCCAGUGUCAAUGCUGAAGUCUCAACACUCAAAGACACUAGGUUACUGACACUCAAGGCCUUUGCCCAGCUCUUCAUCUUGGGAUGCUCCUGGGUGUUAGGCCUCUUCCAGAUUGGACCCAUGGCUAGUAUCAUGGCCUACCUCUUCACUAUCAUCAACAGCCUGCAGGGGGCCUUCAUCUUCAUCAUUCACUGUCUGCUCAACCGCCAGGUACGGGAAGAAUACAGGAGAUUGAUUACCAGGAAGAUCAAACCCAGCUCUGAGACCCAGAGCUCAGGGAUAUUACUGUCUUCCGUCCCCUCCACUUCUAAAACGGGUUAAAGUUCUUUCUUACUUUCAAAUGUGCCAUGAAGCAACAUUUGAGGAAAGCAGGUACCUACAGGAGCCUACUCUGAAAGGCACAGCUUAAGGCACAGAAGCAGGAUCUUCCAGCCCCAGAAUGCUCUGGAAAACAAGAACUUCUGUCCCAGAUGAUCAGUUCAUCUUCCGUGUUCUGCUCUUUGAGUUUCUAGAAUUUUGUGGAAGUAACAGAUCCCAGUGCAAUGGCAAGACCAAGCUUACCUGGUUGCCAUUUUGGUUUCUCCUAAGUUUGUUGGUGCAUGGCCACAAGCGUGCCUUUCCGGCACCUGUUGUGAGCCUGACACAGAGCAGCCCUCAAUAAAUGAUUUGUCAUAUGACUGACUGACUUACUCUUUGACAAAGCCUCCUCUUUCUUUUAAAGAAAUGGUCAGUAAAACAGUAAUGAUGGCCCUAGGGGAUGAAUAAAA